UUUCUAACGGGUUGCAUGAGCAUUAAACACCAAUUAAUCUUUAUUGUUUUGUCUUUAACCGACCCUUGCAGGAUUUAGGCCCUAUAUACCGGCUUUGGUAGGAUCCUACUUGACGGACAUGUAGUUUCAGUUUUCAUUUUAUCUGUAGCAUAGAAUCUAGAUGAAAUAGGGCUUUAGGUAUUAGCCUACUACUGAAGCAGGAAACCAUUCAAGGCAGAGCUAGCGAGAAAGCACUUUUGAACCUCGUCACCUUGCAUUGGAUUUGUUUAAGUACAGAGAAUGACCACAAUUCCAAAGAUCUUUAUAACACUAUCUCUCUGCCUUUUUGUGAAUGUUGUUCUCCCAGCACCUUUUGAAAAUUCAAAAGUUAGAAAAUCCAGAGAUGCUAAUAGUGAUGAUGGUCCUGCAGCAAAAUGCCAAGACAUUUAUGAAAGGGACAAGAAUUCACCAAGUGGCUAUUAUGACAUUAAAAUAGGGGAUCAAAUUUUUAAAGUUUAUUGCUAUUUUCACAAUCCACAAUCAACUAUGAUUCGUCAGUUUGAUGAUGUAAAUGGGGUACCUCAAGAGUUCCAUGUUUAUGAACCAGUGGGUGUUAGCAAUGGUGAUCCAGAGGGUGCCAUGGAAAUGCAGGUAGAGCCUCACGAAAUACCACCUGGAGCUGGUCCGCAUUUUACGCAGUCAAUCAUUGAUGAACAAGAAAAGAUGUACUGGAACAAGACAGCAACCAUUCAGAAUCUGAUAAACUCAAAUAACGAAAGAGAAAGAGAGAAGAAGAAAGAGAACAAGAAUCCUGAUCAAGAUACCAUGGAACUAAAAUAGAUCGUAAUGGAUAAAAACAUGGCUAAUCAAGAUAUAAGGCGGAUUAAUGGAAUAUAGAUGACUCACUGAUCCCAAGUUCCAAAAGGAGUGGCCCUACUGAUCCGGCUACAUGGGAAAGGCUGCAUUUGAGUGAAAUUAAAACAGCUGCGGGGUCUGGACUAAAAGGAACCAUCAGAGGACUUAUUAACGGUUGUGAUCAUGUCAAACAUGGCCUAAUUUUUGUCAUUAAUCCAUAAACAUUUUUAGCCAUUUUCUGCAAGAGACUGUAGAAGCAGUCAUUAAACAAUAUCAUUUUAUGUUAUAGCUAUGAAACUUUGUGGAUAUAAACUUCCUGUCUUUUGUAAUUAGAACGUAAAGAAAAGAUCGAGUGUGGCAAAAUUUUGUUUAGGAAAAUCUACGUUCAGUGUGUAGGAUGUGUUGUAAGGGACCUCAGAGGACGACUGGACAAUAGAAAAUUGCUUACAGCUGGAAGAAAUGUCCGUUCCCAUUUCGUUGGCGCUUCGCAGCUAGUAUCCAAUAUUCUGUUUGAAGUUAGCAAUCGGACUUUAGCAUACUAUUUUUAAUCUGGGGCGAAAUUGGAAAGAUGUUGUUGAAAUUGGUUUGUUUGGAAUUCGAGUUUAACCUUUUGUAAACUUAUUUGUAGAAGGCAGAGAAGGUAUUUUUAUCCGUGAAGUUGUCACGAUUUCUAGUAAACUAUUACGGUAUAAUCCCUGCCAAAAGUCUUUGAACACUGAGUUAGUUUUCAAGAGCCAAAGUCAAUCACCCUCUUCUCCCUCUGCAAAAAAUGUUGGUUCUUGAUAAAACUACGUGAAAGAUUAGGAAGUGCAUUUUUCGUCUUUCUUGUAUGAUAUUUCCUUAAGCCAUUAACAUAAUUCGAGAUAGGAGAGGGAAUGAAGAAAGGAAGGGGGCGGAAGUAGUGAUAUUUGGGAACAUCAAUCAAAAACAGAAGUUCAACGCCAGUUACGAAGUAUUCUGAUUAGAGUUCCAAGUUAUUUUGGAAUGUUUUGUAGGCAAUUUAAUGUCUAGUACAUAGCGUCUGAACAGUUCAAUAAAAAGAUAAUGUAACACAUAUGAUAUAUUUUAAUUUAUCUUAAAUACAAAAGUCAAUUUGUAUAGAAACUUAUUGGUCACUUAAUGGUCAUAUAUGACGUAACUGUUUGAACUAGACUCCAAGCCAUCAAAAAUUAUUAAAGGAAGGUGAAAGUAAUUUAGGGGAAGACAAACACGACAGUGGUCUGUUUGAGGACUUUAGUAGUUGUUUUCAGUCAGAGGAGAUCUGCGUUUGCAAGAAAAUUUAGGUUUUAAGUUAGUUGUUCUAGAGAAAGUCAGAAGGGCUUAUAACACACUGCUAACAAGGGUUCCGAGGUGUUGAACUGC